UCUUAUGCCUCCUGACACGACCUCAAACCCUCCCCCCUUUCUUUUUUAAUUUCCUCUCUUACUGUUUUCGUCAUACGGCCCUCAUGCACCAUUACCACCACACCCACCAACCCCAUUUCUCCGCCGCCGGAGCCACCACUCCCGGUGGCUCCUCCGCCAUUGAUUCACCCACCACGAGUUCCGAUUACAAGCGCGGCAAAAAGCGUGGGAGUUACAAUUGUGGCCGAUGUGGUCUCCCCAAGAAGGGUCAUUCUUGCCACACCACCACCACUGCCACCACGCCCACCGAUUCCUCCGCCGAUAUCUCCGUUCCUUCCUCUCUUUCUUCCACUCGACCUCCGCCGCCACGUCAGCCAUUCUCCCAUCUCCGCCGUGCGCUGUCGUUCGACGACGUUGACAACUCGGUCGGAGGCGGUUUCUACUCGCCGGAGGUAGAGGAUGACGAUUUCGAUGAUCCGAUAGCUGAGGCAGAGAAUGAUCUGGAGUCGGGUGGCUUACCGGCGAGCUGUCUGUGGGAGGUGCUGAGGAGGUUGCCGCCGGCGGGGUUGCUAUCGGCUGCGAAAGUGUGCAAGGGGUGGAGAGAGACUUCGAGGAGGCUUUGGAAGGCGGCAGAGGUGCUCAAACUUAGGGUUCCGGCUAGAGCUCAGGUUGGGUUUGUUGGAUCGGUGUUGAAGAAGUGUGCUGGGCUUGUUAGCCUCUCACUUAGGAUGGAAAGUGAUGUGGAUGCGACAAUGCUGGCUUGUAUUGCAUUUUCAUGCCCAAAUCUUGAGUUUAUGGAGAUCUCUAUGGCUUCUACUGCAGUCAACCGGAUCACUGGUGAUGAAUUGGGCCGUUUCCUUGCUGAUAGAAGAAUGCUGAAAAGUCUUAAGAUUGAAGGAUGUUCUAAUCUAGGUGGUUUUGUUCUCUGUUCAUCCAGUCUUUGUACUCUUUGGCUUUCAGAUCUUUGCUCUCUGUCUAAGACGGUUUUUAACUGCCCUAAUCUGAAAGAGAUUUCCCUAGAGUUUUCUCGCCAAGAAAAUGAUAACACUGAUCUUAUUACCAUGGCUGAUAGCUUGGGAAGGGGUUGCCCAAGGUUGCAGAACAUACACAUUGCCUCAUGUCGGCUUUCCCAUUCAGUUGUACUGGCCCUUACGGCUGCGCAGUUAAGGGGGUUGCGAAUGCUUUCACUUGUCCUUGGAUCUGAAAUCACUGAUGCAUCUGUUGCUUCAAUAGCUUCAAGUUAUCCAAAUUUAGAACUGCUUGACCUCAGUGGAUCCAGUAUCAGCGACAGUGGCAUUGGAAUGAUCUGCAAUGUGUUCCCAGAAACUCUUUCAAGGCUUCUUGUUGCACUUUGUCCUAACAUCACUUCUAGUGGCAUUCAAUUUGCCACAGCUCAAUUGCCUCUUCUUGAACUCAUGGACUGUGGCAUGACUAUUUGUGAUCCUGAUUCCCUCAAUUCAACAUGUGAAGAUAUAAGUGGCUGCGAGGUGCAGAAAAUAACUAGCAAACUGCACCUUAUUUACCAGAAGCUGAUUAUAAAACAUGGCAAAUUGAAGAAACUCAGUUUGUGGGGUUGUUCCGGCUUAGAUGCCUUGUAUUUAAACUGUCCAGAGCUCAAUGACCUGAACCUGAACUCUUGUAACAAUUUACAUCCAGAGAGGUUGUUACUUCAGUGCCCUAAUUUAGAAAGUGUACAUGCAUCCGGUUGUCAAGAUUUAUUAAUUGGGGCCAUUGAGAGUCAGGUCAAUAAUUCUGCUCCAGUAGAAAAUCCUUUACUGUGCAAGCGAUUUGCUGAUGGGUCAAAAAGGGUUCGGGUUCCACAUUUUCUCAGUGCACAGUCAUCUGACGAUGAUAAGAAGCGAAGGAAGGUUGAGAGGCGGCAUUGCAACGUGCUUUUGUAACGAUAAACAUGUUUUAAAAAUAUUUGUUUGGUGUCCACAUGGUGGUGCGGUCCUAUGUUGUCUCUUAUUAGUUUGCUUCUGUCACCCCAAGUGAUAAUAGAAUUAGUGAUCAUUAGAAUAGGGGGCGAUGAUUCUCUUCCUUAACACAAACCCAUUGUUUAAAGUGUCAAGCUAGAGUAACAAUGGGGAAUCAAAGUAUUUGUAAACUCAAUUUCCAAAUAAAGAUCUCUAUUUU